AUGGCGACGGCGCGGUUGGCCUGGGCCCUACGGGUCACCUCUGCGGGAGGAAGGCUGCGCGGUCCCCGAGGCACUGGGGGCGCCCGGAGACUGAGCGGCAGCGCGCGACGGCGGGCGGCCAGGGGUGCCAGCCCGGGGCGCCGGCUCAGCACCGCCUGGGCGCCGGCCCAGGCCGCACGAGAAGGGACCGACGGCGCAGAGGACGACACCCACUCGCCUGCCGCGGAGGAGCCGGAGUGGACGCCGCCCCCCGCGCCCCCGGUCCCUCCCGACUCCCCGGGGCCCCCAGCCGGCCGCUCGCUGGUGCAGCGGGACAUCCAGGCCUUUCUGAACCAGUGCGGAGCCAGCCCCGGGGAGGCGCGCCACUGGCUCACGCAGUUCCAGACCUGCUACCACUCCGCCAACAAGCCCUUCGCGGUCAUCGAGGUGGACGAGGAGGUACUCAAGUGCAGUCAGGCCGUAUCCAGCCUGGCCUUCGCCCUGGCAUUCCUGCAGCGCAUGGACAUGAAGCCGCUGGUAGUCCUCGGGCUGCCCGCGCCCACCGCGCCCUCCGGCUGCCUUUCCUUCUGGGAGGCCAAGGCACAGCUUGCCCAGAACUGCAAGGUGCUGGUGGAUGAGCUGCGGCACAACGCCGCCACUGCCGUGCCCUUUUUUGGCGGCGGCUCAGUGCUGGGAGCCGCGGAGCCAGCCCCUCAUGCCAGCUACGGCGGGAUCGUCUCAGUGGAGACCGACCUGCUGCAGUGGUGCCUGGAGUCCGGCAGCAUCCCCAUCCUGUGCCCCAUUGGGGAGACGACCGCCCGCCGCUGUGUGCUCCUGGACUCGCUGGAGGUGACCGCGGCUCUAGCCAAGGCGCUACAGCCCACCAAAAUCAUCUUCCUCAAUAACACAGGAGGCCUGCACGACAGCAGUCAAAAGGUCCUGAGUAAGGUGAACUUGCCCGCCGAUCUGGACUUGGUGACCAACGCCGAGUGGGUGAGCACUAAGGCGCGGCAGCAGGUGCGGCUCAUCGUGGACGUGCUCAGCCGCCUGCCGCACCACUCCUCGGCCGCCAUCACCGCCGCCAGCACGCUGCUCACCGAGCUCUUCAGCAACAAGGGGUCCGGGACCCUGUUCAAGAACGCCGAUCGGAUGCUGCGGGUGCGCAGCCUGGACAGCCUGGACCAGGGCCGCCUGGUGAACCUGGUCAACGCCAGCUUCGGCAAGAAGCUGCGAGACGACUACUUGGCCUCGCUGCGCCCGCGGCUGCACUCUGUCUACGUCUCUGAGGGGUACAAUGCGGCUGCCAUUCUGACCACGGAGCCCGUACUGGGGGGCACCCCAUAUCUAGACAAGUUUGUGGUGAGCUCCAGCCGCCAGGGCCAAGGCUCGGGCCAGAUGCUGUGGGAGUGCCUGCGGCGGGACCUGCAGACGCUUUUCUGGCGCUCCCGGGUCACCAACCCCAUCAAUCCCUGGUACUUCAAACACAGUGAUGGCAGCUUCUCCAACAAGCAGUGGAUCUUCUUCUGGUUUGGCCUGGCUGAUAUCCGGGACUCUUAUGAGCUGGUCAACCAUGCCAAGGGGCUGCCGGACUCUUUCUGCAAACCAGCUUCUGACCCCGGCAGCUGACCCUCACCGCCCACCCUGCAGGCCCUGGGACAACCAGGGUGAACCAAAAGCC